UCAGCCUCCAAAGAAAAAACAGAUGCAAAGCCUUUUAUCAAUUGCAAAGCAGUAUACAAUAUGUGUUAUUACUCACAGUUGUCUUACUGUGACCAAACACUUUAUAAGCCUGUGGCAAGUCAGCCUUACUCUCAGGAAGUGGACAAUAUUUGGGGAAGGAGAAGCAGCAGGAUAUUUCAGGACAGUAGCCUUGGUGGGUCCAAAAAUUCCUUGAGAGAAAUGGGAGACAGAACUUUCUUCCUGCUUUGGGGUUUAUCCUGUUAGUCUUUUCUCUCUUCACUCCUAUUUUCUAUGGAGAAUUUCCUGGUUUUGGAGUUUGGGUGCGUUUUAUGGAGAGGAGGCAGAACAUCUUUAGCUCCAGCAGAAUGAAAGGAUACAUGCAAAGGAACCUAGCACAGUAUCUGGUACCCAGUUCUCCUUUAACUUGGCUUUAUUCAUUCACUCCUGGUAGGGCAUUAAUCAGGGAUUUAGCCCCCUCCUAUUGAAAACGAUUAAUUCAGGGAAGAGUUCAGACAGUGUGGACAGAUACAGUGUAGGCCAAGCCUGUUUCUAAGGCAGGAGCUGGGUAGGGAGGGCGAGAAGGGCGAGAAGAAUAGGGAAAUAUGUGUCGUCUGUGUUGCUGCUGUUGCAACCACCACAACAAACAAGUGAAAAAGAAAAAAAAAGAAUUGUCCAUACCGGAAAGUGUGCUGUUUUGGAGGAGGCUGGGGAAAGUGUGGAUGGCUCGAGUGGGUCCUGUUGGAUUGAAGUCUGACAGUGGUGAUUCUCUUCAACAAAUGGGGUGGGAGGGUGUACAUACACACACACACACACACACACACACACACACACACACACACCCCACACGCAGAGCCCAGCCUCCGAUUUCAGCGCUGGCAGGAGAGAACCAUUCUUAGCUCGCCUUUCCAGGGUUAUUUUUGGCUGAGGCUGUUCGCUGAUGGCAAAAGGUUUCAGCCCCCUCCCAAAUCCCUCCCCGUGCUUGUUCUAAAGAGAAACUGGUGCGUGUAGGCUGCGCACUCCCAGGGAGACAGGGAGACGGGCCUGGCGCCGGAGAGGAACCGGGACUCUGCCCAAAGUCUCGCCGCCCGCCGGCUGUUUUCUGGCGGAGGGUGUGCCCCGGAGGGCGGCGAUCGCGGGUGAAGGCUGGGGCCAGGCGCGGGUGCAGGCGUCACCGGGGUCGGGCUAGCAGGCCCAGGAAUCAGGCUUUUGGGACACCCCGAAAGUGAGUCCAACUUGGGGAGAAACUGAGGGCACCUCGGGCGGUCUGGCCGCGGAGAAGGUGGGCGGGAGAAAACUUUACAGGAAGGCAGAAGCAGUCUCCGCCGAGGGAGUCAGCGAGCGGCCGCGCGGAGAGGAGGGGCGGGCGGUCCCCAGGCAGGCGGGCGCAGGGCGCAGGGCGCCGACCUGCUGGAGAGGGGGCCCGGGCGCGAGGCGGAGUCCCGGCGCGCAGCCAGGCUGGUGGAGGCCCCCGGGAGGCUGCAGAUUCCCUCCGGCCCCGGGAGCCGCAGCAGGACCGGCCAGGAGGCGCCACGGAGGGGAGCCCCAUCCCGGUGCUGACAGUGCCCACCACGCCCUACGAGGACCGGCGGCCGGCCGGCGGCGGGGGUCUGCGGCGACCUACCGGCCUCUUCGAGGGCCAGUGCAACUACCUGCCCGACUUUAUCCAGAGCGUGCUGUCGUCCAUCGACCUGCGCGACCGUCAGGGCUGCACCAUGGUGGUGGGCAGCGACGGCAGGUACUUUAGCAGGACGGCCAUCGAGAUCGUGGUGCAGAUGGCCGCGGCCAACGGGAUUGGACGACUGAUUAUUGGACAGAAUGGCAUCUUGUCAACACCUGCGGUCUCCUGCAUUAUCAGGAAGAUCAAGGCAGCUGGUGGAAUCAUUCUAACAGCCAGCCACUGCCCUGGAGGACCAGGGGGAGAGUUUGGAGUGAAGUUUAAUGUUGCCAAUGGAGGUCCUGCACCCAAUGUUGUCUCAGACAAAAUCUACCAAAUCAGCAAAACGAUUGAGGAAUAUGCUAUAUGUGCUGAUCUCCGAAUCGACCUAUCUCGACUAGGAAGACAAGAAUUUGACCUAGAGAACAAAUUCAAACCAUUCAGAGUGGAAAUAGUGGACCCAGUGGAUAUCUAUCUUAACCUCCUUCGGACCAUCUUUGACUUUCAUGCCAUCAAGAGUUUGCUGACUGGGCCCAGCCAACUGAAGAUUCACGUUGACGCAAUGCAUGGAGUUAUGGGACUUUAUGUGAGAAAAGUUCUGUGUGAUGAGCUGGGGGCCCCAGCCAAUUCUGCAAUAAACUGUGUUCCCCUGGAAGACUUUGGAGGGCAGCACCCUGACCGAAACCUGACAUAUGCAACGACUCUUCUGGAAGCAAUGAAAGGAGGAGAAUAUGGAUUUGGAGCUGCAUUUGAUGCUGAUGGGGACUGUUAUAUGAUCCUAGGCCAAAAUGGCUUCUUUGUGAGCCCUUCUGACUCCCUGGCCAUCAUUGCUGCCAACCUCUCUUGCAUUCCAUGUUUCCGUCAGAUGAGGGUCCGCGGGUUUGGGAGGAGUAUGCCAACCAGCAUGGCCCUGGACAGGUAA